AUGAGCGCCCACUUCCGCGCAUCCCCCGACUCUAGUCCUGCCCGAGGAGGCGCGGCGCCGGUGCUCAUCGAGUUUGUCCCGAACAAGCUGUACUACACCUCGGUGAGUGCCCUGCCCAAGUCGACCGAAGACAUGCUGUAUUUUUCCAUCGACAACCAGCUCAUCUACUGGAACUACUGUCUCGACUUCGGCCCGCUCAACAUUGGCCACGUCUUCCGCUUCCACGACAUUGUCCAAGAUGCGUUCGCCCAAGCCGCCCGCGUCAGCGCCACCACCAAAGUGUGUUUGUUUUCGAGCACCAACGGCCAGCGCCGCGCCAACGCUGUGUGCCUCCUCGGGUGCUGGGGCAUCCUAUUCCACGGCAUGACGGCGGCGGCGGCGUGGGCGCCGUUCUCGGACCUCCGAUUUCCUCCGUUUCACGACGCGACUGACUUUGAAUGCACGUACGAUCUCAGCAUCAAGAAUUGCCUCGAUGGCCUCGAGAAAGCCAAGGCAAACCAGUACAUUAACACAGCAACGUUCAACGUGGACGAGUACCAGUUCUACGAAAAGGUCGAGAACGGCGACUUGAGCUGGGUCUCGCCAAAGUUUAUCGCGUUCGCGGGCCCGCACAACAAAUUUUCCAACAAGAACGGCCAGAUCACCCUCACUCCCGAGCACUACGUCCCGUACUUCAAAAAGAUGAAUGUCACGCUCGUCGUGCGGCUCAAUGACAAGUGCUACGACCGCAACCGGUUCGUGUCGGCCGGGAUCGACCACUUGGAUUUGUACUAUCCCGAUGGCACCAACGCGCCGAUGCACAUCCUCAAGCAGUUCAUCGAAGCGUCCGAGCGAACGCCGGGGGCUGUCGCGGUGCAUUGCAAGGCUGGCCUUGGGCGCACCGGCACGUGCAUCGGGUGCUACAUGAUGAAGCACGAGCAGUUCACGGCGCGCGAAGUCAUCGGAUGGCUGCGCCUGUGUCGCCCUGGCAGUGUCAUCGGCCCGCAACAGGACUUCAUGGAGGAGGUCCAGGACUUCAUGCGGAGCGCGGUCGACUUGCCAACCGAGGAAAUGGACGACAAGGCCGACGUCGCGGCGGCGCACAACUCACCGCUCAAGCACAAAUCGGAGGGCAGCAUCAUGACGAGCAUGAAGAAGGGCGCGCUGACGCUGCUUAUGCCAGGGAAAACCGUCGGCCGUCCUGCCCCCAACAAGAAGAUGACAAUCAAUCCCCAAGGGGACUACCUGGUCGCGCAGAAACAGUCCAACAGCCCGCCCCAGAGCCCCGUUCGCAGUCCGCCCAAGUCCCCUCUCCGCAUCCGAUAG